AUGACACUUUUUGGUAGCAAUCCAUUUGACGAGUCUGUUGAAAAGGCUACAUCAGAAACUAUUCAGAAAGGACAAGAAGAUUUGGCCUUAAAUCUUGAAAUUAGCGAUCAAAUUCGUAGUAAACAAGUUCAACCUAAAGAUGCCAUGAGAGCUCUUAAGCUUGCAUCUCGAGAGUUUGUUGAUAGUUUACUGGGAAUUGUAAGAUCACCGGCUAGCACAUCUAAUAAUGAUGUCAAAGAAAAACUUCUUGGAUUAAUUCAAACAUGGGCUUUGGCUUUUGAAGGAAAACCUGAACUCGUGUAUGUAACCGAAACGUAUCGACUAUUGAAACAUGAAGGUUAUGUAUUUCCAAAAGUCGAUAAAUCCACAUCAAUUAUGAUGAUUGAUACUGCCACACCACCAGAAUGGUCUGACAGCGAUUUCUGUGUUAGAUGCAGAACUCCAUUUACUUUAUUAAACAGAAAACAUCAUUGUAGAAAUUGUGGUAAAACAUUCUGUGGUGAAUGUUCUUCUAAAUCAACUACAUUGCCUAGCAUUGCUUUAUGUAUUUUCUCAUUAAAUCGGAACAAAAUUUUGAUUAUUUACAGUGCUAGUGUUGAUCUCGCGGAUUCAAAACCUGUUUUAAAUGGUCCAGCUUCAACUUUACAUUCAAAUUCUGCAACAACAAAUGGAAAUGAUACUCAUACAUCUCAAGGAAGCGAUGAAGAGGAUGAGGACUUUAAAAAAGCGAUAGAACUUUCUCUUAAAGAAACUAAAAAUAAUAAAAAUAAUACUCGAGGAGAGGAAGAAAUGGACGAUGAUUUGGCUGCAGCUAUUGCAGCAUCUCUUAAAGACUUAAAGAUCGAUCAAUCCAAAUAUUCAACUCAAACACAAUAUGAUCAUCAAUCAUCAUCAUCUGCCUAUCCUUUUGAUGUGCCAAAGGAUCAAAACGAAUUAUCACAAAUUGAAGCAGAUAACAUUUAUAAAUUCUCAGAUUUACUUGAAAAAAUACAACAAAGUGGCUCAGAUUUGAUAAGAGAUCGACAAGUUCAAGAAUUAUAUGAUAGGAUUGGUGAAUUAAAGCCAAAGCUAACAAAGAACUUGACAGAAACAAUACAAAGGCAUCAGGAUCUCAUGGAAAUGCAUGAAAAAUUAUCUCAAGUUAUCAAAUUAUAUGAUCGACUUUUGGAGGAUAGGAUGUCUAACACAUAUUCACGUCGUACCUCUAACUAUGCUGGUACACAAAGAAUUAUUUCACCAGUAUCAUCCAACGCAGGAAUAGUUUAUCCAUCAAUGCAACAACCAUCAUCAUCUCUUUCUUCAGUUAAUUCGUAUCCUCAAAACCCGACAUAUCCUUUAGCUUCAGCACCUUCACCCUCCUCAGCCUAUAUCUUUGCACAAACACCUCUCACACAAUAUACGCAGCCUAAUGCAUUAGAAAUAGCUCCAGUUCUUAAUCAACAAUUAGAAUCACAACAAAUUCCGUAUGUCUCAAAUGCACAUCUUCCAAAUCAAACAUUCUUACCCAUUUCAACUAAUAUUAUCACCAAUGAUCAUGGUGUUAUUAAUGAUGAUUAUAAUGCAUCGUUAUCCCCCCAAUCAUCAGCAGCGAUCAAUGUUCAAAAUUUUUUACCGCAAAAUAAUGUUUCUUAUUUACCACAACCAAUUUUCGAACCUAAUUCUGGAUAUACUCAAAUACAAAACCCAGAUUAUCAACAAAAUGAUUCUUCCCAUUUAAUCGUACAUCAACAACAAUCUCAAAAAUUUGAAGAAGCACCAUUAAUUGAACUUAAUUAA